CUGAUCCGGGGGAGGAUGUUGAAGUUCCGUGUGGACAGGAGAGUCAGUCAACAUGACCCCAAUGGACCAGCUGGACCAGAAGUGAGCCCGAUCCAGCUGGAAGAGCCUCCACCAGUACACUCUUAUCUGCAGAACUGUGAUUUGGAUAUGAAUGGGAAGGUGAAUACUGCUGCUGAGAGGAUCGCUCAUUCCAAAAGUGCCAAUAUGGUGUCAGACUUGUCUCCAGAAGCCCAACCUUACACCCGGGUGUCUCGUACUCCCAGAAAGGCAGCGAUGUUUGGGAAGCGCUCCAACUCUAUGCGCAGGAAUCCCAAAGCAGAAGUCACCAAACAGGGAUGGCUGUACAAGCAGGCCAGCAGCGGAGUGAAGCAGUGGAACAAGAGGUGGUUCGUCCUCACUGACAGAUGUCUCUUCUACUACAAAGAUGAGAAGGAGGACUCAGUGUUAGGGAGUUUGCCACUGCUCAGUUUCCGGAUCGGAGGAGUGGAGCCUUCGGAUAACAUCACCCGCAAGUUUGCCUUUAAGGUGUGGUUGGAGGAGGAAGAGGAGGAGGAGGAGGAGGUGGAUGAGGACAGGGAGCUGAAGGGUUCGAUUGUGUUUUGCAUGCAGGCGGAGCACGCUGGGACCAGGACGUACUACUUCAGCACAGACAGCCAUGAGGAGCAGACGGAGUGGAUUACAGCCAUGAGCGAGGCUGCAGAAGUCAAUGUUCAGUCAACGCAAAGAACAAACUUGGACUCCACAAGCAAUCUCAACCACACUAUGGUCACCAAGGCACCUGACCCACAACAGCAUCCACACACACAAACACACAAUGAAACUGACAGUGACUUGCCCAACCACCCUAAGAUCAAUGGGGUCAAUAGCCUUGAGACGCCCCCUCCGUCUACCCCCCGCUCUGAUCAGGAGGGAAAAAAGAAUGACAGAAGACGAGCAGAAGGUGGAGGGCAAGGUGAAGAUGAGGGAGGAGGAUCUGGAACUGACCACCCCACCUCACCUAAAUCAUCAUCCAAAUGGUUGGGGCAACUAUGGCCCUUCCAACACUAUGCCCCAAAAAGCAAUAUCAAACACCCUCCGUCCAGGGGCCCCAGUGGACAUCGUACCACUCAGGGACACCCAGAGGGUGGUGUCGGCCCAUUGCACGAACCCAGGGAGCAGCAGGAGAACGUAGUGCUGAGGAGAGGCUUUGUGCCCAGGACAGCUCCAGAGAGGGUAGCUCAAAGGAAGAGCUCUAUGGCCCAGCUGCAGCAGUGGGUCAACCAGCGGCGUGGCAUGGCCUCCCAGGAGGACAUCAACAGCCCAUCUCGUUACUACCCAGUGAACCGAGGGGUCUCAGCUGACUACUAUGGCUACCCUGGUGGCCCCCAGUAUGUGGAGGAGUACCCUCUGUAUCCACCAGGUGUCCGACCUGACAGCAUCUGCUCUGUCUCUGCUGUGGGGGGAUACGACCGACGCUGGCCAGUUGAGGAGAAACGUCUCUCACUGAGGGAUGGACCCCACCAGCUGUAUGGACCGCCAAUAAGCAGGGACCCAUGGGGGCCACAGUAUUAUGGUGGAAUGGAAACAUCCAUGAGGCGCCUGUCUAUCCAGCCACGCUCCAGGUCUGUGCCCAGGUCACCAUCCUCAUCAUCAGGGGGGCCCUACUCACCGGUGCCACCCAACUUUGCUUCUCCGGCUCGGUCACUAUCUGCCCGCUUUGAUCGGUUUCCAGGGAGGAUAAGGGAUGACAUGAUCUAUGCUGAUCCAUCUGUCUACAGCCUGAGGAGAUCUCUCAGCUCACCAAAGUAUGACUACCCUGGCGAUAGGAGGUCCUUAAGCCAAGGAUUAUACCACCAUAACUACCCUGUAUCCCCUUCCAUCCACAAUAAAAUGGAGGACAUAUUAGACCUUCAGCUCCAGCGCAACCUGGAUUACUUAGACCAACAGGUGCUCGAGGGAAGCCACCUAAUUGGCACGGUUGCCCGAAUGGUGGAGCGCUCAUCCACAUCAGCAAAGCUCUGUGUACAAGUGCCUCCUUUCCAUGAUGUCUACAGCAGAGAGCUACAUCCUACACUGAAACUCAAUGAGAUUGAAACCAGUAAACUCUUGGGUAGACUGUGUGAACAGAACCGAAUUUUGAAAGACCAUGAAGCUGUUGUCCACAGACUGAGGAUGGACAAGGACAGCCUAGAGGAAGCACUGGUGGCAACUCAUCAGGAGAUGGAGCUGUACCAUAACCAGCCCUUGGCCAUGGAAAAGCUGCAGUUCAAAAAGGAGACCCUGCAGAACCAGCUCAUCAACAUCAGAGGGGAGCUCUCCCAGGCUUCUAGUGCUUUAACCACCACACGUAUGGAGUUUGAAGCAUUAGAGGAUGAGGCCAACGCCAUCCAUGGAGAUCUAUGGGAGCAGCUUAAUACAGGAGGGCAGAGUGAACUUGUUCGUAGGCACAUCCAGAAAGAGUUUUGGAGAGUCCAGGAUGUAUUAGAGGGACUGCACAAGAAUAACUCAUCCAGAGGCACUGAUACAGCCAAGCACAGAGUGGCCAGCGGUGCAUCAGGCUCCUUUAGCACCAAUAGUCCAGCCAGUCCCCUGAGCUCAGUAAGCCUCACCAGCCCACUCAGCCCCUUCUCCCCAGUGCCCGGCUCCCAGGCCUCCCCCACCAAACAGCUGGGCCCGGAGGAAAAUGUUCCCCCAAGGCCUCCCCUCCCCAAGGCCUAUUACCCUUUGGAGCCUUCCCCUACCUCCCCUCCCUCCAUCCCCCCCCUGCCCUUUGACAGCACCGCGUGGCUACGCAGCUUGGGCAUCGAUGAUGAGUACCUUGAUGGUGAAGAUUCUCACAUCAGAAAGCCCAAGUUUGGAGAACAGAGCAAUAUCAGUGACACGCAGGACCAGGUCCAGGACAGACAAUCCAGCAUGAAUAAAGUUGGCAUUGUUCCUCCUAGAACCAAGUCCCCCACAGAUGAAUCACACAGCAGCUCAGCUGGAGUUUCCCGGCAUAAUGGCAGAGUGCCUAAUGGAAUCUCUAGGGAGCGUCCAAAGAGUGCUGUGUUUCCUGCAGAGAUAAAGUCAAAGAUGAGCGUGGAGGAGCAGAAUGAGCGAAUCCGCCGCAACCAGAGCAGCUCUGUGAGGGACAAGAGACGGAGUCUAAACCUCUCAGGUGGCCAGUCUCCAGCCAACUACAAAGUGGUACGUAGGCGGCUAACAGCUCAUGAGAUUGACAUUAAAGACCUGGAAAUGGCGGUUCGAGGCCAGGGGCAGGAGUCUCCACGGGAAGAAAUUGCUCGCUUGAGACGGCUACGGGUAGAACCCGAACACUACGACCUGGAUGUCAGCAAAGAGCUAAUGACUCCUGAAAAGGUUCUGAUCCCAGAGCGCUACCUGGAUGCAGAGGACAAUACUCCUCUGAGCCCUGAGGAACAGAAGGAGAAGCAGAAGAAACUGGAGCGGAUCAAGACCCUCAUUGCCAAGUCAAAUUUGCAGAACAUGGUUCCUCUUCUGGAUGGCCCAGUGGAGGGUGGAGCUCCAGUCAGCUCCCAGCAGCAGCUGCAGGAGCAGGAAAAGCGUAUUGAGAUCUCCUGUGCUCUGGCUGCUGAGGCCUCUCGUCGUAGCCGCAUUCUCUCUGCACAGUGCGCCCCCAGUCCCCCCACCUCCCCGACCAGCCUGGCCCCUCCCCCUUCCUCUGCUGACUUCCCCAACUCUGCCCACAUCAUGAAGGUGUGAGUCUUACAAGCUCAAGCCCUGGCUGCUGUCAAAUUUGAUGGAGCAUCUUUCUGAGGAUUCACUGGACAAACAGUGGCACCAGACAAAAGACUUAUUUUUUUAGCACCUAAACUGAUACAACAAAAGCAUGGAAAUCUGUCAAAUGAGGUCUCUAGGAGGCAGGAGCAAAUUUCAAACACAGACGGACGCUGUUAAGACUUGUAAGCUCACUCGCCCAAGCUCCCAUUCAUCCAGCUCACAACAGCCUCCUACUGUUUCCUGUGGCACAAAGGAAGGCUGCAGAUCUCUUACCAGCUCCAAGUUGUGUAAUAUUUCUACAUAUUUUAGCUCAGGACAUUUUACAAAGUUGAGAUUACUGAUGAACUACGUUGAUGAUGACAUGUUUUACACUCAUAAUGACAAAAUGUUUGUGUACUAAGGUUUGAUCUUGCUCAGUUCUAAAGGGAACGUUGUAUACGAUGUAUGUUCAAGAUGAACGAGGAAAAGAGCUACAGAGAUAAGUCAAGGGAAAGAGUUUGGGAUGAGGCCAGAUGAACGUAAUUGAGGUCAACUAGAGUCUCACUAAAACCUGCAGAGAAGCUAUGAACAUGCUCCUGGACACCAAAAGCCAAAAGAGGAUGUUCAUUAUCAUCUAAUAUCCAUAUCAACCUUCAAAACCACUAGUGGCCUCUGGCUAAGUGAGGAGUAAGGCUUGGUGACAGACUGAGGGUAUAUAUAGAGACAUAUUCUGACACUUGGACAACUGACUGAAACAAGAGGCCUCCCAUCCUUUGUAAAAAAAAAAAAAAAAAAAAAAACUGGGGACUCUCCUUCUGAACUCACUGUGAUGCCUGUUUCACCCAGACCUCAAUCCACCACACCAUUCCUAUCCUAUCAAGCAUGUCUGCUAUCAAUUACACUCAUAUGCAACCAUUAGCUUUAGAUACAUCUGACUGGGUCAAACACAAUGUCACAUGGAUGUUCCAACUUCAAUUCAGCCAUCUGUCAACAAAAAAAAUGCAAAUGUACAGUCAUGUUGCUCAUGCUCAGAGUUUAAGAUCAUAACCCAUCAUAAAUGAUGACCCAUCUUACAAAGCUGCUAACAACUACAUAUUCUAGAAUCAAAAUAUUAAUAUUUUAUCUAAUAUUUGCUUUCUUUAUGAGAUUUUUGUUAUUCAGUUACAGUUGGCAUGCUUGUAGGCACAUGUCGUCUGCGUGGUUACAAAUUUUGGGGCAGCAGUCUGCAUGGUUGUCCCAGAUAUGAAAAAGCUGAUGACAUUUAUGCAGGGACAGUGGUGCGAAGUAUAAUUUAGGCUGUAUUCUCUUCUACAUUGAGACAAACAGCUUCGUAGCAUCCACCUGCUGUCAGUGCCACAAUGCCAUUUACAAGAGACGUCAGCAUAUUAGGGCCAAAAUUCAGUUUAGUUGAACUUCAGCCACAAAACCUGGAGGCAGUGUGCACAGCUAAGACUUACUCUGAAAAUAAUGACAUUGUUCUGUGCUGUGUUGACUUCACCGUCUGGUGUGGAAGCCAUGUAAGUUUGUUUAAGCUGGAAUCCUUGACUUCUUUUAGUUGGUUAUUUUGUCUCUCCUGCCUGGUGGAGUAUUGUUAAACACUAAGACAGACACAUCUACAGUGGCUGGACUCACUGUCUGUAUGGCUCUGCUGUCUAAAGUGUUCAAACCAGAGCUGUCACACAGGAAAUGAAAUGUUUUCCCUCAAUGUGGUGAAACAAGCAUUAAAAUAGAGUUUAACACCAACAGUGGAUUAGCAGUGGGGUAUAUAUUUACCGUGGUUAGGUAUAUCACAGUGACACAGUUGUCUGCCCCAGAUGUCAAGAAGUAUCUGUCUGCGAGGACAUCAAUAAAGCCUGAAAGGAGAGACAGAAAUUACUCAGAAAUCAGAGUCAGGGUGUGGAAGGCUUUGUCAUGGUAGAAUUUUUUUUUCUUUUCAAUACAAUAUUCUUUCAGCAUGUACUUGUAGCAACUACAAUAAUAAGUUUAAAGUGCUAGUAGGUUUUGGCAAAGAGGACAAAGAUGGUGAUCAUCUGGUGGUUAGACAAUGAAAAAUGUUAGCACAGACUACUAGUAGGAAGUGAGAUGAAAACCCUGACCUCCACACCAUCUCUGUACAGUGCUCUUUACGAAUCUCACAGUUCUGAACUAUUUUGGGACACAACAUUGGCACUGAGCGUAAAGAUCUAAUCCAGAACAGUUGCAUAUGAAUGUAAUUCAUCUGACAUAGAGUUGGACCCUGAAAUAUAUACUAUCACCUCACCUCCAACCACUGUGUGCAACUCCUUAUUUUGGUUAAAUCCUUUAGCAUUAAGCAUUAAAGUCAGUUGAUUUUAUCACAGUGCUCAAGCCCCAGUGAUUAUCUACACUUAUAUAGGUAAAGUAUGUUGGAUAUGCAUUUGUAAAUGGUAUUUUGUAUGUGGAAAGUGAAAAUAGAAGUGACCUUAGAAGAGUAAUCCUGCUAGAAAAACUGUGUAAAGAGGAGUUAGCUGAAGAUGCAGUCAUUUGAGAGGAAUUAUAUACUGGAAAAUACUGUCUUGUAACAUAUCCCAGUAACAUUUCAUCCAAUCAUGCAGUGCCAUAAGUCUGAAACAUGUCAGUAUGUUUUAUAUGUUGUAAUGAAUGGACAAGUUAAUGACAUGACUUACAAAGGAGUUUGAAUCUGGAGGAAAUACAAUGACUGAUGGUACUGAGGUUAGAAAUUUUACACAUUACAGCUUUAAGUGGAAUGGAAUGGCCAAUAUUAAAUAAUACAUUUGGAAAUAAAUAUAUUAUUUAAUUAUGAAUGAAUUCAAUCAUAUUUGUUCCACAAUUAAAAUUUUAAAUACAUCAAAAUGUGACAUGACUGAAAACAUAUCAAAACUUGACUUAUGCCACAAUUACAAUGUUUUUAUUAAGGAAAAUAAGUAUGUGGCUGUAUGGGUGGGGAGUUGUGACUGCCAACUGCUGGUAAUGUUAGUGUCUUUUGGUCCCUAAGGUUCAAAACACUUUCUGAAAUCUUUGCCCAUGCCUCUUCCUUGCAACUUCCUCCUGAUUUGAACUCUGACCUCCGCCCAACACACACCCCUACCCUUUGUUUUGUAUAUGAACAUCAUGCUUGUUUGCCCUUACACACUUAAAUGUUCAAGUGACCUGUCUUUGUAGAAAGCUAUUGUAUGUCCAUAGUCUGAUUCACAGACAGUAUGUUACAGAAAAUGAAAAAAAUAGAAUUUUAUUCUGAAAGCAGUUAACAGCUCCUACUACGCAAAAACAAAUCAAGUACUUAAGAGAAUACUUCUAUUUUUUCUUGUUUUAAGUUUUUUAAGAAAGGGAAUGAGUUCAAAAGAGGCAGUACAUAUUUUUUUAGAUGCAUGGAUAUUCAACGACAAGUUGACAGGUUCAGUUUUUACACCUGAUUACGCAAUGUUUUGCAUUUUUCACAGACAGGACUUUGUUUUUAUUUUAUGCUCUGGAGGAUUGUUUAAAGGAGCAGAAUAUAGAUAUUUUUGAUCAAUUGGGAUCUAAUGUGUUAAGAAAUGACAGCCAAAAGGAUGGUGUCCAAUAUUUGAUACUAGAUGUAGCAUUUGUGAAUGAUGAAAAUAAAGAAUAUAGACACUAUAUACAUUAUAUACAUUGGCCAGUGUAUAUAAAAUUUUGGAUUUCAGUUACAGUAUAUCCUACUAUUACAUGUAACCAUUGCUACUUUGGGUGAAAAGACAAACUGCUUGAACUAUGCAAAUUAUUUAAAAAAAGACAAAUAAUACGCUUGCUUUCAGAAAACCUUGCAAUAAAGUGAAUGUAUACAAAUAAUGUGUUUCUCUAGAUGCUUCUGAAUUCACAGUAUUUUGAAUGAUAAAACAUGUCUCACUGUCUGGAAUGCUGAUAUAUUUACUGCUGUUAUUUUAAUCCACUUGAUAAUGAUGAAGUUCACUGCCAAAAAGUCUACUGAGGUUACCUGUCCAGCCCAUUCAUUACCAAUAGGCUCCCUGAUGAUAUCUACAGUCUUUGUUAUAUCAAGCUGUAUGUCUGAACGAAUAAAGUGCAAAAACAUA